UGCAGUUUGAGACUGUCUAUCACACCAACAUCUCACCAUUGUGGCGCUAACUUGGUGAAAAACUUGGCCGGAGAAUAUUUCUUGAUUACCGCAGCUCACUGCAUAAGCCAGUAUAAUGCCUGGACUUUGGACUAUGACAUAGCCUUGUUUAGCCUGUCCGCUCAACCACCAACCAACAACUACAUCUCUGCCGUCUGCAUUCCCAAUGAAGGAUGGUCCGAAGGGGAGCAGGCAAUCGUUGCUGGCUGGGGUACAUCUACAAGCGUCACUGCUCCCUACAAACUACACCAAGUGAACAAACUUAUUGCGCCCAGGGCCACCUGCCAGCAGAUUUACGGAGGCUCGUCCGUCACUGACCGGAUGAUCUGUGCUGGUCUGCCCGCGAAUGCUGUUGACUCCUGCCAGGGUGACGGUGGUGGCCCUCUGUACACAUACAGAGAGAACAGGUGGACUCUGGCCGGUGUGGUCAGCUGGGGCUACGGCUGCGCAGAAGCCGGCAGAUCCGGUGUCUACACUGACGUCUUUGCCUUGAAAGCUUGGAUUAACGAAAAUAUAAACCCCUAA